CCAGGUAAGAGCAUAGCAUGGCGCUUGGAAGGAAAAAAGGCCGCGUCAGCCGAAAAAAAGUUGGCCCAAACAUCGCGGCACUCUCUCACCUGGCCUGGCAAAUUUUUGGGCCAGAUAAGAGAGCAGUGUGGUGUUUGGGAUGCGAAAACGUCCUGGCCUGAGGAGGUGGCCAGAUGAAAGAGACACUCUUGAAGCACAAGCGCCAUGCUGUGCUCUUACCUGGGCCUCCAGACUUUGAGGCCCGGCAAGAGCAUAGCCUUGCGAUUGGAAGGAAAAAAGACCGCAUCGCUCGGCCCAAAAAAAGUUGGCCCAAGCACCACGGCACUCUCUUCCCUGGCCUGCCAAGUUUUGGCACCAGGUAAGAGCAUAGCGUGGCGCUUGGAAGGAAAAAAGGCCCCUUCGGCCCAAAAAAAGUUGGCCCAAACACGCCGGCACUCUCUUACCUGGCCUUCCAAGUUUUGUGACCAGGUAGGAGAGCAACGUGGUGUUUGGGAUGCGAAAACGACCACUCUGCUGCGGAGAAUUUGAAGAGGAGCAGGUGUUGGUCUGUAGUCUUCUGCAGGAGCAGAUAUUUAGGGAGGUGCGCUUGAUAAAAAUGAUACUUUUGAGAUUGUAACUCCUGAGCGGGUCGUUAUACACUACUAUGCAGUCGUCGACGCAAAACACGGCUUCCACCGCGAGAGAGGUGAUCGCGUUGGGUGCAGAGAAGAAGGAGCUCGAGCUGAAGGAUGCGAGCGCCACGUACGCCGGGGAUGUGGUGGAGGACGAGUUCGAGUCCUUCGAGGAGCGGAGGAAGCGGAUGCGGCUGGAGCUCGAGGCACGGCAGCGGGCGGAGGAGGAAGCACGGUUGCGGAAGGAGGAGGAAAAAAGAAAGAAAAUGAUGGAAGAAGAUAUCACCUGCUCAGGUGUUACAGUCUCAAACGUAUACCAGAGAAGCUGGACGAAAUCUGUGAUGCAAGAAGUGCAUGACCUAGCCAACUCUCAUAGGAUUGCGCAUGACAAGUUCUGGAGUGGUCCCAAACCGCACUAAAAUCUGGCGAAAUUUGUAUUGCAAAAAGUGGAACGCUGUGCAGGUUUGUCAUGCUCAUCAUGCAAUGCCACGUUUGAAAUUGAGACUGUAUCGUUUGAGCGGGUCAUAAAAGAGGAAAGCGACGUUCCGUCAGACCUCGAAGACGGGUUUUACGAUGAAGAUGGUAGGUUCUUUAUCCUGAGUAAAAACGUCCCCACGCCAGAGUUGUAAUGCAGAUUUGCAAAGACAGGAAGACUUGUAAUGCGCAUCCCCAUGAGAGCCCUUUCCAGUCGUGUUUUGGAAUUUUUGAUGCUGUGAACAGGAUGAGCAGAUGAAUCUGUGAUGCGGCUGCACUUGCUAACCUGCACUACACUACGGAGUGCAAUUUGUCAUGCGUGACUCCCGAAACUCCUAGGCUUGUGUUGCAAAAUCCCCAUCCUGACUCUGGUGUGGGGACGUUUUUGCUCAGGAUAUUCUUCCAGUACGACGAGCUCGGGCAGGCGGUCACGUUUGACGAGCAUGGGAACGCGUGGAGCUAUGACGAAAGGUAUUGUAAUGCAAAAAUCCCCCCUCCCCAUACUGAAAAGGGAUCAUACUCCUGAAAAUUUGUGAUGCUGAUUUGAUGUGACCACAAGUCGCGUCUUAUUGCACGAAGGCAACUCCAGAGACUCCGCUGCGCUGUGCAGCAGGCAAUUUGAAAUGCUGUUUCGCCUACACAGGAUAUGCCUGCCUUGCUGGGCGCCUACAACACCAAAACGCCCCUACUCAGACUGUGCACCUGCCUGCAGUCCUCUACCGCAAGACAAAGCCGAUUUGUGUACACGAAUCCCGCAUCACAGAUUUCCAUUUUGAGAUGGGGAGGGUAGAUUUUUCACUUUGAUAAAAGGGGGAGAAUGGUACAGGCCUACCGGGCCGGGGAGUCUCCCCAAGCCGGAUACGAACGCAGAAUGGCGGAAAGGACACUGACCCAGAAAGCAAUGGCGCAGCUCGCAAUGGCGACGUACUUUGACGAUCCGGGCUAUGGGAGUGUCAGAAUCGAAAUUGACAAAGUCGAAAAAUUUGUGAUGCACAAAAUCGAUGUCAGUUGGACCCUCAGUUUCCAAGUGGCGCAUGACAAAUUUCGGGAGCACCCACAUCCAGUCUGUCAUGCUGUUUGGGCAAAGAAGACUGCUCCUGUCAUGCUACUCUGGCGGCACAUCGUAUACCCCUAAACAGGCUUACAAUCGGCCUCAUUUGCCUGCUCCCCAAUACAGGCCUUCAAUGCUCUACAUUUUAUGCAUCACAACUUUUUUGAUUUUGUCGAUUUCGAUCCUGACACACCCAUACGGGCGAAGUGUUUCCGGAAGAGGGAGACAUUCACGAAACCGAAGUGCAAAAUAUGCAUUGCAAAUAUGUCUGGGGCUGGGAGGUUACAACGUGUGAUGCUGUCUCUGCAUCUAAAAAAAAUCUGUAUUGCAUGACCAGCAAGAGGGGUUCAGUUUGUGCUACAUGGAAAGGGCAUUUCUCAUGCGAAAUAGGCAUCAGGAAGUGGUCUAAAAAUCUGGGAUGCUAGGUCAUGCAUUACAGACGUCAUGGGUCAUGUAAAAUGCACUCUUCCAGACCCGGGCAUUUUUGCAUUUGAUGCAAAAGAGGAGAAUAUCAUUUGGAAAAACGUCCCCAACCUGAACCCAUCCCGCGACUUGUUAUGCAAAGUGGCAUGUGCUGUAAAAUGUAAAUGUUUCAUCUCAUGCGCAGCGAGCCCCAUGACUUCCAUUUUCUGAUCCUAUCUGGAAGUAGUUGGUGAUGCUGGAAUGAGGUUCGAUUUUGGAUGCGUCUGCACUUCUACCACCUGAGGACACUACCAGUUCAAGAAUUUUGUCAUGCGAAAUAACUACAAGCAAAACUUGUUGAUCUUGAUUUAUUGCAUUUGUGUAAGUAGCAAAGUCGCCAUCCUGAAGAUGACGCUGGGGUCCUCGUGGGGGACAUUUUUACCCAGGAUAAAGAAGAGACCGGAAUCAGCGCAUGAAAGGUAAUUAUAUCAAAUGCAAAUAUGUCUGGGUCUGGAAAAUCCCGAGAUUUGUCAUGCAGUCUUUCCAAGUUCCACCAAGUCUGGAACGCAGGGCCUUGCAUCACAGGUUCUGCAGCCCCUUGGUGAUGCCUAUUCUGCAUGAGAAACGCCCUCUCGGCAUGGCUAGAAAUGGGGACCUUUUGCAAGUCACGCAACACAGAUUUUUGUAUGAUCCGCAACACGCAUCACAAGUUUGCAUCCUUCCAGACCCAGACAUUUUUGCAGUUGAUAACUUAGAGAAACUAACUAUACAUACACGAUUCUGGAGUGUAGAUUUUUUUGUCUAGCGGUUCUUGUUCUACUCACAUUGAUAUAUUCUUCCUCAAAUUGAAAUUUAAGUUUAACAUAUACCUGCCUGCAUGACCACAUCAAGUUGCGACAUAAAAACGAAGGUAAACUCUGGUGGAAGUACCCCUUCGAGGCGUUCAUGAAGAUAUCCUGUGCAAAAGUAUCUUACUCGUAUUGCAAUCAGGCAUUACAAAUCUUUUUCUUAAGGUAAAUCUGCAUUACAAAUUUUAUUUCUCAUGCUGAGGGAAUUUGUCAUGCAUUUAUACGAGUACGAUACUUUUGCAGUGCAUAGAAGAAACGCGACGACAACCUGUGGAAGUACGAGCGCAUGCGGCUAGAAGAUUUUCCGGACGACGUGCACCCUUACCCAUGGUCUCUCCAGCUGGUUCAACACCCACAGUGGGAUAUCUGGAUGGGAUUGCUGAUCAUGUUGAACUGUUUCACCAUCGUGUUUCAAGCGAUCACGAAGGACGAAACGGGGCCGGUAGCGAUACUGCUCUGGGUCUGCGAGAAUCUGUUCACGUUGACCUUCCUCCUCGAGCUGAUGGCAAGAAUACGGGCGUACGGCUGGGGCUGGAUGUUCGAAUCCUGGACCAACUAUCAACUGCAAAAAUGUCAUCUGGGUCUGGAAGAGUCGGGGCUUGACGUGCACAUUUUGCAUGACCCGUGAGCAGAUCUGUGAUGCUGGUGCUAGCAUCACAGAUUUUUUGAGAGCUUCUUGAUUCUAAACACACAUGAGAAAUGCCCUCUCCGGGUGCCAAGAACUGACUCUUCUUGCUGCUCAUGCAACACAGAUAUUUUUAGAAUCCGCAGACAGCAUUACAAGUUCCAUUCUUCCAGACCCAGACAUAUUUGCAAUCCAUACCAACUUCACCGACGCCAUUCUGGUCUUUUUCACCGGUGUGUUGGUUACCUGGGUGCUGGUAUCAACUGCAAAUGUGUCUGGGUCUGGAAGAGUGCCAGACUUGUCAUGCAGGUUUUCCAUUACCCAUCAGGUCUGGUAUGUAAGACAUAGCAUGGCAGAUUCUGUGAGAGUUCUAUCAUGCCGAUCCUGCAUGAGAAACCGCCUCUCGAUUGGCUCAAAAGAAAAAGUGGACACCAGCUUUUGGUACUCACGCAACACAGAUUUUUCCAUGAUUCGGAUUUAGCAUGACAAGUUGCUUUGUUCCAGACCCAGACACUUUUGCUUUUCAUAGCUGGCUCCCGCGGGCAUUGACGUGAAGGAGAUCCGGAAGUUCACCUUGAUGCGUAUCAUCCGUCUUUUAUCCUGAGUAAAAACGUACCCACACCAGAGUUGUCAUGCAGAUUUGCCAUGACAGGAACAUUUGUGAUGCGCAACCCCAUGACAGGCAUUUUCAAUCGUGUUUGGGAACUUGUAGUGCUGUAAACAGGAUCAGGAGAUCGAUUUGUGCUGCGGCUUUCCUUGCUAACUUGCACUACCUUACGGACUGAAACUUGUCAUGUGUGACUCCCAAAACUCCUAGGUUUGUGUUGCAAAGUCCCCAUCUUGACUUUGGUGUGGGUACGUUUUUACUCAGGAUAUCUUUACCGCCUGGUGCUGGCCGUCCGACUGGAUCCGUUUUACCGGUAUGACCUGUUCAAAUCGGUUGCCAUCUCAAAUCGGUUACCAUAGAAUCUGGAUUUGCUAUUGCAUGAUGAGCAUGGCAGACUCGGACAGCAUUCCACUUUCUGCACUACAAAUUUCGCCAGAUAAUUGCUUUGCGGUUUGGGACUCCGGAAGAACUUGUCAUGCGCAAUCCUAUGAGAGUUGGCUAGAUAGUGCACCUCUUGCAUCACAGAUAUUCUUCUAUUGUAGCGUUUGAGAUUGUAAAAACACCUGAGCAGGGCAUAACCGGGAGAUGUGGUUUCUGGUUACGGGAAUGAUCCACUCCGUGUCUCCGCUGUUUUGGUCCCUGAUGGUGAUCGGGUUCAUGCUAUUGAGAGGAAAAAUCCCCCCUCCCCAUAUCGAAAGCGAAAUUUGUGUUGCUGUAUUUGAGUACACAAAUCGCAUUUGUCUUGCUGGAGAGGACUGCAAACCCAUAUCAAGCCUGAGUAGAGAGGCUUUGACUUUGGCGCUUAGCAUGAGAAGCGUCCGUGAUGUUGGCUCAACAGCAUGACAAACCGCCUCCAUAAUGGGACGGAAGCUGCUGCCUUUGUCUUCUUGCAACACAAACGUGAUUUGUGACCUCAAAUCAGCAACACAAAUUCUCGAAGCCUCACCUCUUCAAUAUGGGGAGGGGGGAUUUUUCCUUGCGAUACAUGCUCUUUCUGUUCGGCGUCACCGCGACGCAGUUCAUCGGCCGCAGCUUAUCAAACGGAAAAAUCCCCCCUGCCCAUAUCGAAAUGGAAAUCUGUGAUGCAGGAUUUGAGGCACCAAAUCGACUUGUCAUGCUAGAAGGCCAAGAGCCGCAGUCGUGGUCUCGUUUGCAGGCAAUUUGCCAUGCUGUUUCCCACUCUCAGCUGCCUCCUAUCAUGCUGAAGAUGCAAGGCUCCCCCACGCCACCCAGCACUACAGUCCGCAUCUUAUUUUCCGUGUAGCAUGACAAAGCUGAUUUGUGACAACAAAUCUGCAUCACAGAUUUCCGUUUUGAUAUGGGGAGGGGGGAUUUUUCCUCUCAAUACAGCUUCGAGAACGAUCCGCUCGCACAGAAAUAUUUUGGCACCACGAUGAAGUUAUCCUGUGCAAAAGUAUCGUACUCUUACUAAUUGCAGUUAUGCAUUACAAAUUUCCUUUCCAAGGCAAAACAGCAUGACAAAUUCAAUUUUUCAUGCUAAGAGAAUUUGUAAUGCAAUUUAUACUAGUACGAUGCUUUUGCAAUUCAUGGAAGUCCAUGUUCACGCUGUUCCAAGUGACGACGCUAGACUCUUGGGACGAAGUGGUGCGGCCGCUGGAGAUGAAGGUUUGGUUAUCGCAAGAAAAAACUGUUUAUUCACUGUGAACUUGUGAUGCAGAAAAUGGAUCGCAGAAGUGUGUGUCAUGCUACACAUGCACGACAAUGGAUUUCUAGCUGUGUUUUCCCUUAGGAACCCCGCAUGACAGGUUUUCAGUGUCAUGCGUACUAACAAACUUGUGAUGCAGAUUUUGCAAAAUCACCACAGUGAAACAGUUUUUUCGUGGGAUAUUGGUGGUUCAAAUACUUCAUCUUUUUCUACUUCAGUACCAGUAUCUUUAUCGUCAUGAACCUGGUGGUUGCCGUCAUCGUGGAGAAUGUGUUCGUGAUCGCGAAGGAAUACGAAUCCGAGCAGGAAGGGCUUCGAGACGCCGCACAAAAACGCGCGUUUGAGGAGCUCAAGGCGCUUUUCCAAACGCUCUCGGACGAUGGGAGAGUGUUUUACUUUAUCGUGAGCAAAAACGUCCCCGCCCCAGAGUUAUUAUGUGAAAUCUGCUACACAAAUCACCAAGCUUUGGCCGUUGCGCAUGACAAAUUCAUUUGAGGGGAUGAUCGCAAGGUAGUCCGAUGCUUAGCUAGUGCAGCAGCAACACUGAUCUAGCGAAUCAUGCUGAUUUUAGCAUCACAAAUUGCAAAACACCAACAGGAACUGCUUCUCGUGGGUCUCCGCAUGAGAAACAUUUUCAGCAUGCAGAUUUGCAUUACAACUCUGGGACGUUUUUACAAAUGAUUUACUUCCCGGAUUUCUGGUCGGUGGUCAACGGAAAGUCCCGAAUCGGCGCGAGAUUCCGCGCCAAGUUGAAGGAUAUUCUGAGUAAAAACGUCCCCACCCCAUAGUCAAGUUGGGAAUCUAGCAACACAAAUCUCCAAGUUUUGGGAGCUGUGCACGACAAGUUUCCCUCUGCAGUGUAGUGCUGAUUGGCAAGAGAAGCCGCAUGAGAAAGCCACUUUCGGAUUCUGUUUACAGCAUUACAGAUUCCACAACACGAAUGGAAAUGCUUCUCAUGGAGCUGGGCAUUACAGAUGUUCCUGUCAUUGCACAUUUGCAUGACAACUCUGGUGUGAGGACGUUUUUACACAGGAUAAAGGAGCUGAAUUACACAGCUGGGAACGUAAAGGAGGUGAAGGCUAUCAAAUGCUAACUAAUCGAUCUGCGUCUGGGAAGUUGUCAUGCUAUUGUGUGUGAGUAACUAUACUAAUAAACUGACGCCAGUACUACUAGGUCUGACGCCAGUACUACUAGGUACAGGUAGUGGAGCAUAACAAAAAAUCGCUGAGUAGUCUUAUUCAUUUAUACAAAGAAGUCGUGUCGCGCAUGCGAAGUCGCGUCUUUUCAUUUAUACAAAGAAGCGUCGCCAUUUAUUUUCCAAUUUCCGCAACAUGCACUACAGAGUUGUUCACGAGCAAGGGAGUUGCUCCGCAUGACAGACUCGUGCAAUCUUCCAGAAUCAGAUAUGAUAAUUGCAACGCAUAAAUGCGCUGUUGAUCGACGAAACGGACGAGGAUGCGGAGGUGGAUUUGGAAUUGUUCUGCUACUGCCUCAAGAAAAUCCGCCACUCGGCCACUGCGCAGGACAUUCUGGUGCUGCAGAAGGCGAUCGUGACACUGGAACAGGUCACCACCGUGAUUGAAAUUCACUGUAACAUGAUCCUCGAUAUGCAUUGCAAGAGUUCUUAUUGUAUCGUGGUGGUAGUAAUUAUUGCAUUACAAAUUGAAAUUGAAAUUCGGUUGGCAGGUGGAACAACUUGUCAUGCUGCACUACGUUUGAAAAAGCAAGUUUGUCAUGCACAAUAGUGCAAUUUAAUUUCAAAAUGAAAAUCCCACGAGUGCGAUGCUUUUGCACAUGAUCCUCGAGGCGCUGGACGCGUUGUUCUACGAAAUCCAGUCGGUGGACGUUAUCCAAGAAAAAAUCUAUGUGAGUGUAAAUCUGUAAUGCAGAAAAUGCAAAACUGUUACGAUUGUCAUGCUGAAUGUGCGUCAUAGGCCACUUUGAUGCGUGUUUUCACGUACAAAGUGCGCAUGACAGGUUCUCUCUGUAAUGCAACACGCAUUUGUAAUGCUGCUCUUCCUACAAAGUUACACUUACACAGUUUUUUUCCUGGAUAGAUGUGGAUUUGAAUUUAGUCAUCAUGAUGACCUCGAAGGUGAUGGACGUCGUGGCGCACAUCCUGAUAUGCAUUGCAAGUAUGUCGGGGUCUGGAAGAUUGCAACUUGUCAUGCUAAAUCCGAAUCUUGUAAAAAUCUGUGUUGCAACAUGUGUGUAGCGCUUAGGGCCCUUCCGUACGGCCGAUUUGUAUGCCCGCAACGGGGUUCGCCUAAGUCGGUCAUUUGUAUGCAAGGCGUUGGGUUACCCGGUCGGCAGAGCCGAUCCACAACGAACGAACGAACAUGAGUGCCAAAAGCUAUCCACUUUCGACCUAGUUGGGAGGGAGUUUCUCAUCCAGGAUAGGUAUGGCAGAGACCUCACAGAAUCUGUGAUGCUAGGUCAUCUCGCAUUCCAGACCUCACGGGCCAUGGAAAACCCGCAUGACAAGUUUACACUCUUCCAGACCCAGUCAUAGUUGCAAUCCAUACCUGAAAGGCCACGAACAGCGAAAAGAGAACAUCAAGACCUAUCAAAUCGGGCUUUUCCGAGCGAAGGAAAAGACUGCGAAGAGGAUCGCGGCCAUAUUGCAAGGAAACAUCCCCCCCUUCCGAUAUCGAAAACGCAUCCGUUUGAAAAUUUGUGAUGCAGAUUUGUGACCACAAAUCCCGUCUGUCUUGCCCGAAGGCAGAGCCAGAGACCCCGCCGCAUUAUGCAGGCGGUUUGUGAUGUUGUUGGGCUUGCAGCAUAGACGGUUGCCAUGCUAGUCGCCCACGGCAAAGCUUGUCGGCUCAGGCUUGGCAUGUGCCUGCAGUCCUCUAUUGCAAGACAAAUCGGAUCUGUGUACGGGAAUCGAGCGUGAGAAGCUUCGUUUUGAUACGGGGAGGGGGUAUUUUUCCUUUUCAUACGCCACCAAAAUUAGGGAUGAUGACUAGAAGACGACUUAAGUUAUUAAUUCGCUCUGCGAACGGUCAUGGGUGUCGUGUGGAGCCGCGUGCCUCAGGUCAUGUCGAGCAAGAUUAUCGUCUUGUUUUUAUUCAAAUUGAAUCCAACGCCGGAAGCACAGGCACAACAUCAAGUUUUUAUGCUUCUAUUACUCGAAGUGCGGUUCGAAGAAAUUUCUGUCCUUGCAAAAGAACCACAAAAGUACCACAGCUAAUAACUAUUGUGCCACCAGCUCGUUGAAUUUAUUCGCGCAUGAAGAGGGAACAAACAAGGCACUGAAGUGCUUAUAAGAAGUCCUACCAAGUUUUGACCUUUUGUACAUGAUCAAAGAAGAAUUACAUCACGAUCAUAA